AUGGCGUUCUCUACAUCCCACGAUGUAUUACAGGAAGUUGUCGGCGCCGUGACUGUGACUCCUGCCGGAUGCAAAAGACCUGAUCUCCGGCAAAUACAUGAAGCGUUAAAAGACCGUCUAGACCAGCCUAAAUGGCCUACAAUCCUAGUCUAUAUGGACAAUGUCCCAAAAACUCACAACAAACUCCGCCGCAUACAACUCAGUCGCCGAUUAGGCCUAGAGACACUUACAGACGAUACCUUGCCGUCCGAUUGUCACUACGAAGCAAUUUGCCCUCAACCAGAAACUCCGUUAGACAUCUUAAUUGAUCAAAGGAGAUGUGCUGUACAGCCUGAGGCUGUCUUGUUUAGUGACAUUCCGUCUCAACUACUUCCUCAUGAGAUAUUCAGACGUCUUCGCAUUCUCGUUGAUGGAUACCUUGUUCCUAGUAGUAUCAGGAUCGUUGACGGGCCUGCACCCGUAAACUCCGGAGACACGAUCGAUGAAGCUGCCGUAGAUGCUAUAAUUCGCUCUCAGGCCCUAUCUUCCAUUUCACCUACCGAACAAAGGGUUUGCGGUCUCUUUGCCGAUGCUCUGCGAUUGACUCUAGGUGAUGUGACUCCUACUACGGACUUCUUUCUAGCUGGAGGGGAUAGCUUAACGGCUGGACGCCUUGUCUCUCGAAUUCGUCAAGAAUUCAGUGUUCGACUUGCUAGUGACGUACUCUUUCGGCAUAGUACAGUCUCUGAAGUAAGUAUCGUCGUCGAAGAGGCCAUGGCCCGGCCGAAAGCUGAAGAGAAGAAGUCGGAAGAUCUCCCUGGUUGCUUAGAGACAUACAGCUCCACCAACCCAGCCAUCCUUCUACUCAACUUGAUACCCCUAGGUGUAUUCUCCCCAACACUACAAACGCUGCGAUGGUCUAUGUUUGUGUAUAUUCUAAUUCAAACUUUCCGCUGGCGAAUCCGUGACUCUGUUAUUGGUCGGCUUUUCCUCAUCCUUUUAUCCGGGGUGGUCGAUACCGGGCUGGUAUAUCCCAUGUGGGGACCGUAUCAUUCUCGGUGGUGGUUGACCCAAAAGGUUCUACAGGUGUGUGGAAAGGGCAUAUUUGGCCACUUUGGCUUCACUCGAGUCUUAUACUACCGCGCUCUAGGAGCUCGUAUUGGCCGCAAUGUUCGCAUUCAUCCGCAGGCUUCCCUUGGGGAGUACGACCUAAUUGAAAUCGGUGAUAACGUCGUGCUCGAUGACUGUUCAUGUCGCCCCUUUUCUGCAGAGCGGAAUACUUCUAUGCUACUACAGCCAAUUCGCAUCGGCGCGGACUGUACCGUGGGCCUCAAGGCAGUCAUUGCCUCUGACACAGACCUCCCCCAGGGAACUUGUUUAGGCCCAAAUACAUCUAGCUGGGAAAUGGAGGACGCGCAAGAGUCAAAUCGCGAGCUAGCUUCUGCACAAAUCCCACAGCCACACUGGAUUUGGUAUGUAUUAGUUGUGGGAUUGCUGUCUUUGCUAGUAUCCUUCGUCUCUCGAUUACCAGCAAUAGUAGCCUUCUUCCCUGUGGUUAUGAAAUACCGACAAGUUGAAAAUGACAUGCUCCGUCAACAGGUACUCUGGUUUGUGAGCCCAUCACGUAUUGGGUAUUAUGCUCUAGUGAUACUCACAGGAGCUGUUGUCGGGACACACUAUGAACUCGUCUCUAUUGCAGUGAGAAUGCUCGGUGGACGUGUUGGUAAACGAGUUUACUGGCCAGGCACCGGAAUUGCAAUGGUCCAGGAUUACGAUCUCCUGGAGAUUGGUAAUGAUGUCGUAUUCGGAUCCCGAUCUACUUUUGUUACCUCUGACGGGGUAGGGAGGGAUCGCAUAGUCAUCGGGGAUGGAGCAUUUGUGGGAGACCAUGUUGUUGCUCUUCCUGGGGUUAUGGUUGGAAAACGAACAACAAUUGGGUCAGGGGCGCUGCUACGUCGAAACGGCUCAUACCCAGACAAUACAACCUGGACUGGAAGCAAGCAUGGGGAUGUGAUACAAUUUCCCUAG